AUGCGAAUUAAUUACGAUUUGACAAUUGAUGAGGAUCAUAAAAGGACGUUGUGUGAAAUAUUGCCUGGUGGUGGUGGUGAUGAUGAUCCUUGUAAUUAUGAGGGUUUAGUAAUUAAAACAGAGGCUUUGGUAAAGGGUUUUUCUGCUGUAAUCCGAUUAAAUGUUAAUAAAAAGGAGCAAGCUUUGAAUUGGCUUAAACAUUUUCAAGAAAAAAGUAAAAUAACUUUUAGGGUAAAAAGAACGCAUGCAGAAAAUACUGAAAGAAUAAUAUUUAAGAAAGAAUUCCAUUGUAUUCAUGACACUAAACCAUCAAGGAAUUCAAAACCUCAUGAGAAGCAUUUAAAUUGCAAUGCCAAAUUAACCAUAACAAUAAAGAAUAAAGAAAUGAAAAGAAGUAAGGAUGAAUUUUUGAAAAGAUAUCCUUGUAUAAUUCUGCUGAGGCACAAUCACAACCAUCCAAUAUAUAGUUCCUCUUCUUUGAGGUUUCGACCACCAUCCGAACAAUUACAGAAUGAAUUUAGACUUUUAUUUGAGAAAGGACAUUCCCCAGCAACUGCAUUGACAAUGUUUAAAGAUAAAUUAUUGGAGGAAAAUGGUGACAAAUAUCAUGAAAUUGCAGCUGAUGGUGGUAGAUGCCCAACUCAAAAGUGGGUGUACGAUUUAUAUUAUGAAAUUUUCAAAAAAGAGUAUGGGGAACCAACUGGAACAGAAAUGAUUGAUUCAAUGGAAAAGGCAAUUAAAAAUUAUAACACAAAGUGUGGGAGUGAAUGUGCUGCCAUUAAGAAAACAGACAACUUAGUUAUUGCAAUUUGCAGCCCAAUUAUGAAAAGGGUGCAUAAUUAUAUUCGAGCAUCGAGUGAAAUUAUGUUUGUUGAUUCUUCAGGAAACAUGGACAGGCAUAAUACCAGAGUGUUUUUAUUUUUAUGUCCCUCAGUUGCAGGUGCUUUGCCCCUAGGUAUUUUAAUGACAUAUUCUGAAUCUGAACAGGUUAUCACUGCCGGGAUUGAACUAUUAAAAGGACUUUUAGAUAAGCAAUCAUUUUAUGGGCAGAAUUAUCCACAAGUAAUAAUAACUGAUGAUUGUGAUGCUGAACGCAACAGCUUAAAAUUUUGUUUUAAACACUCAUCUGUAAUACUGUGUAAGUUCCAUGUGCUUCAAUCAGUAAUGAGAUAUUUAUGGAAUAGUAACAAUGGAGUUAAAAAAAAUGACAGAGUCGAAAUUUACCAAAUUUUUAGAAGAGCUUUAAAUUCUCCUAAAGAAGAGGAAUUUUUGACUUAUUAUAACAUGCUUUUAGAAAAAAAUAACAAUAAAAAAGUAUUAAAAUAUUUUAUAGAUUUAAAAUGUAGGGCUAAUGUUUGGGCAAUGUGUUAUCGAUCACACCUUUUAACUAGAGGAAACGAAACUAACAACUAUGCUGAAGCAACAUUUAGAAUUUUAAAAGAUAAAAUAUUAUUAAGAAAAAAAGCAUUCAGUAUAGUACACUUAUUUGAUUAUUUAACUUCAGCAUUUGAAGAAUAUUAUUUUAAGAAAAUUAUUGACAUCAUAAAUGGGCGAUGGGAAGGCGCAAAACAAAAAAAUAAAUACUACUUUAAGAAAGAAGUCAUUUCAAAUUUAGUGUGCAUAGAACUUAAUGAAAAUAUAUAUGAAGUGACAUCAAAUGAAAAAUCCUAUAUAGUCAAUUCAGAACUUGAAAUCUGUUCUUGCUAUGUGGGCUAUAAAGGAGCACCCUGCAAACAUCAGUUUGCAGUAAUUAAAAAGUUUGGCUUAAAUAGAUCACAACAAUUCCAUCCUUCGUUGCUUAAAUGUGAUUUUAAAAAGCUUUUACAUAAAGUUAUUUAUGGAACAGAUUGUAAUAUUGAAGACUGGUAUUUGGAUUUAAAUGAAAUGAAUGAGGAUCGACCUCGGUUAAGUCAUAAUGAACAGGAGCACCCCAUUUUAAAUUCUGAUGCAGUUAAAAUUCCCUUACAAGAAGUAAAAUUAAAUGAACAAAACAAAAAUACUGAUGAGGUUCAAAAGAAACUUGAAGGAUUUGUUAGUUUGCUGAUGGAAAAGUACGAAAAUAACUUUCAGGAAUAUGGAAGGCCAGUUACAAAUUUUCUUGAAAAUAUUGCAAAUUGUAAAACAGAUUCAUCUUUUGUAAGUGCUCUGUAUACUUUUGGCAAAUACGGUGCUGGAAUGCCAAAAAUUCUCAAAGGAAAAAAUCUUCAAGGAGGAAACAAUAUUGGGGUUCAGCCGACUGCAAUUAUGAGACGAAAAAUUGGACUUAAAAGUCGGAAUACUGUACAUAGCGGUAGGCCACCUAAAAGAGCACGGUUAACUGACCAUGCAUACGCAAAAAUUAAAAAUUAUGAAAAUAAUUAUGAAGUGCCAAAAUGUUUUAGAAUUGCAGCACCCCAUUUGUUGUCAUACUGUGUUGAUAAUAAUGUAGCUUUAGGCAAAACUCAUUCAAAAAAAUGA